UACAUUAAAUAACCUAGAAAUUUCACGUUAUUAUUGUUCCUUAUGAACUGGGAUGCUGUGUGAUAUAUUAAAUAAAAAAUAUUGUAAAUAUGACUGAGACCGAAGAAUACUUUCCUCGUGGUGGUAAAAAACCUACGACUACAUAUUUUAAGCAAAGUGAAAACUUUUUAGGAGCUCCGGAUAAGGGAGAGAAGAAGAGGAAAAGACAAAAAAAGAAAUCUGAAGCUGAUGAUGGCUAUUUAUCAGAUGAUUUUACACAAGAAAUUGAUCAAUCUUACAAAACUUGUGGAAUAUUUUUAAAUUAUAGGGUUGUGAAAGAAGGUCUGCUAUUGUUAGGAAGAGUGCGACGAGCUCUUGAAACUAAAAUAUUGGUAUCAUUACCAUGUAGAAUGAGUGGUGUGGUCAUGGCUUGUCACAUUAGUGAUGCAUACAAUAACAUACUGGAAGCUUAUGUCAAUGAUAAGGUGGACCAAGUCCGCGAGCUGCCGCAAAUGUUUCGACUGGGACAGUAUGUAGCUGUGAAAGUCUUGGAGGCGUCAGACAAUUCUCUAACACUUACAAUGAUGCCACAAGACAUUAAUUCCGAUAGAAAAGCUACAGAUCUCCACAAAGGAGCACUUAUCCAAGCUGCGGUCACAUCAAUUGAAGACCACGGCUAUGUAAUGGACAUUGGCAUCCCUAACACUAGAGCCUUCUUGGCUAAAGAUACUGCAAACUCUGACAUGGAACUCGAUAUUGGUAUGCUGACAUGGGUGACCAUCAAAUCUCUGUCCGCUGACUCCAACGUCGUCACCCUGAGCUCCGAGCUGGGCGCUCUGCAGCGAUCCUUCCAGAGGAAUCCAGGUGUUAUAUAUCCUGGAACCGCUGUGGAUUUCACCGUACAUAAGGCUCUGGACAACGGUAUUGAGGGACACAUCUUGAACAAUCAACUCGCGUACAUACAAAGACAUCAAAUAGACACUGUGAAGGGAAAGAAGCCGGCGCUGGGACAAAAGAUCAGAGCCCGUCUGCUGUACUCCGUCCCACCGCAGCAGACCCCAUUCUUGACUAUGAGAGAAAUAUUCGACUCCUCAAAAACAAACUUGAACGAGGAACAGAUACACCAGGACGGUGACGUCAUCGAGGAGGCAAAGGUGUUGAAGAGUUGGGGGCGCACAGUGUUCCUCCGCUUGUCAGAUCGCUCCACCGGCUUCCUCUCCUUAAGACGAGGCCAUGACUUCAACGACCACGACGACCUCGCUAAGUCAUACCCAAUAGGCAGUACCCAUCGCGUGCGCGUCCUGUGUUACAAUCUGUCGGACUAUGUGUACUCUGUGAGCGACGACCCCGCCCUCUUGCGGCAGAAGUACUUCAACAUCUCACAGCUGAGUGUGGGGGAGCUGGUCUCCGGGACCGUCACCGAGGUCGCCGACCAACAUCUCAGGGUCGCGGUGGACCGGAUCAGCGGCUACGUUCCCCGCGCGCACAUGACGGAGACCGGCGUGUUCAUUGAUCCCAAAAAGCCGAGGAAUUCAAAUGUAUCCAAGAAAUAUAAGGUGGGCCAAGAGGUCCGGGCGCGGGUGCUGGUCGUGGACGAGACCAAGAACUCUGUGGUGUUGACCUUGAAGCCGUCCCUGCUGGCGGAGGACCUGCCUCUACUGAUGGAUUACAGUGAAGCGCACGUCGGCAAGAUGUACACCGGGGUUAUAUCGCACAUAAAACAUUACUUGCUGGUGUCGUUCUUCAACAACGUGGUGGCGUAUGUACCGAGCCGGUUGGUGGGGGCGCAGCCCGGGGACCUCGCUGACGCCUUCCACACGGGACAGAUCGUGAAAUGUACCAUAAUGUCUGUUAAACCGGAAGCUAAAAAGAUGUCUGGCAGCCUCGUCGACGCGCCUUUCCAGGACGCUGACAAUGAAGUUAAGAAGGCAAUUAAACGAAAAAAUGACAGUUACGGCAACCAGGGAAACAGCUCAGAUACAGACAAACAUAACGAGCAGCCAGAAGAUAGGGUUCAGAAGAAGAAGAGAAAGAAGAAUAAUGAAGAGAAGUUGCAGACAGAUAGGAAUUUAAAUGAAGAAGCGAAUUGUGAUGAAACAGAAAUGGGAAGCGGGAAAAACGAUAAGACUGACGUCAAGAGUCCAGAGAAGAUCAAGAAAAAUAAAAAACGUGAAGAUAAGAUUGCGACAACCAAGGAAAGUGACACGAAGGGUUCCAAAAAUAAAAACGAAAAAGAAAAUAUAAAUAAAAAAGAGCUGAAGAAACAGCAAAAGAGCAAAGAUAAUAAAAAAAAUAAAAUGAAACGGAAAUCUGAAGAAAGUCACGAAACACAGGAUGGCACACCGACGCUGAACCCGAUAGAGCUGAGACUCGUGGAUUUAAGCGACUGCGACACAGAGAAGCAUUACAAGAAGAGGGUCGUCUCUCUGAUGAAAGCGAUAAAUGCGAGAUUACAUCGCAUCGAACGCGUGGACAAGAAAAUGGCUGCUUUACAGGGCGUAGGCCCUGAUCCCAAGAAAAUGCUUUUACGGUCAGAAAUGCAUUUGGAGAAAACGAAUAAUGAAGACAGAUUAAAGUUAUUUAUGAAAGCUCUGAGAGAGGCGGAGAAGAAAUUAAGUGAAUUUAACAAAGAUUCUGAGAUCGACAACCCAAAAGAAGCAAAAGUAAAGGGAAAUAGGACGAAACAAGAAGAGAACGGCUUCAAGAAAAUUGAGACGAGGACAGAGUUAGUGAAAAAACAAGACGCUAAGAUGUGCGCUGAGGAAGCUGGUCGGCCCCAGACAGUUACUGAUCUCAACAAAGAGACAAAUAAAGUAAAUGAAAACCAACAACCUAACAAAUAUAUAACAAAGGAGGAAGUGAACAUUAAACCUUUGGAACCUGUCCUGAAAAUACCGAGCGCUAAGGAGUUUUGGAAGGUCUCGGAGAAGACGGAGGUUGUUCAAGAUGACUCCAGCAGCAGCGAUGAUGAGGAAGAAGAAAAGCCUAAGAAGAAGCGUAAAAAGUUAUCAGCAGCAGAAAAAGCAGCCAAGGUCAGAGAAGAGGAGGAGAGACUGCGAGAGAUGGAAAAGAGAGCGAUAGACAGCGAGAGCUCUCCGCGCUCCAGCGAACAGUUCGAGAGAGCUCUCCUCGCACAGCCUGACUGUAGUCAGCUGUGGAUAGCGUACAUGGCAUUCCAUUUACAGGCGACAGAAAUAGAAAAAGCGAGGGCGGUCGCUCGCAAGGCGCUGAACACAAUCAACUUCCGGGAGGAGGGCGAGAAGCUCAACGUGUGGCUCGCGCUACUCAAUCUGGAACAUCGCUUCGGAACCAAGGAAACUCAACAAAAAACCCUGGAAGACGCGCUACAAAUGAAUGACACGUACAGCAUUCACUCCAAGCUGCUGGACAUUCUGGUGGAGACCAGUAAACAACAGGAGCUGACGGCCUUAGUAGAGCUGAUGAUGAGGAAGUACAAGACCUUGGAGGCGUACGUGGCGUGCGGAGAAGCUUGUUACAAGUCGGGCAUGGUGGAGAAGGCGAGGCACGUCAUGCAGAGAGGCAUAGUCGUGUUGGAGAAGAAGGAACACGUAUCCAUGGUGGUGAAGUUCGCUGUGAUGGAGCGGGCGCGGGGAGUCCCCGACGGACGGGAGAGAUGUGAAGCGCUUCUGGAACAGAUGCUGGCCACCUACCCUCAGAGAGUGGACGUGGUUGGGGUCUACUGCGACAUGCUGUGCAAGGAAGGAGACGUCCAGAGAGUCAGACAACUCAUGGAGCGAAUGACGGCGCAGAAGAUGCCAGCGAGGAAGAUGAAGGUGUUGUACAAGAAGUGGAUAGAAGUAGAACAGAAGAUCGGAGACGAAGACCACGUGGAGCUCGUGCGGCAGAACGCCUUGAAGUUCUUAGAUAAAGCCAAAUUCUGAAUAAAUACAAUUUUUAGUCUUUCA